AUGAAAGAGAGCAAUGCUACUGUGGAACCACCAUCAGACUCUUAUGAUGAAGUAAAUUCAUUGAAUUUAAAUAAAGAAUAUAUUUCAAAAGAUGAUUCAGGCGAAAAUGUCGACAACGAACGUUUGCAAAAUGAUGAACCUCCUCGUGUUAAUUUCUGGGAUCAUUCUUUAAAAGAUCUGAGAUUUGAAUUAUGUAAAGGUUUCUUGAUCAAUCUGUUUUUAUUAGGUUGCAUGUGUUUCACCGUUUUAUGUAUUUAUUGGGGGGCUUCCUAUCAUAGAAACAAGUUCAUUCAUAAAGUUCAUCUCAUUGCAUUAUUCCAAGAUGAAGAUGGCCAAUCUCCUCUAUCUCAAUUAGGUUAUUCAGUUUUGAAAAAUUAUACCUCUGUCAUUAAAGGUACAUGGACUGUUUACAACCAAUCUGAAUUUAUUGAACAUUAUAAUCUUCCAAAUUCAACGGUAGUAAACGAAGAAUUAUUCAAAAUUAUCCAUCAUGAAGAUUACUGGUUCUCUGUUAAUAUUAAAGAAAAUGCAACUCAAGCUUUGAUCAAUUCAUUAUCAAAUAACAAUACCCAAUUAUUUAAUGCUUCGCAAUUCUUCGAAGUAGGAUUUGAAUCAGGAAGAGAUCCAACCAACUUAAGAAGUGCUAUAUUACCAUUGGCACAAGCCUUCGAAUCUGUCUAUAAAAGGAUUUAUUUGUCCUCUCUUUUACCUUCUAUCGUGAAUUCAACAACCUCUUCGAAUGACCCCCCUUCUACUGAAAAAUUAAUCUCAGCAAGUUCCUUGGCAUUCACUUAUAGUGAUUAUAGGCCAUUUGUAGAUGCUGUAGAUUUGGCUCCUUUACAAGUCGGUGCCAUUUACACUAUUAUCUUAACAAUUGUUCAAUUUGCAUUGUGGGGUAAAACACACGGUGCAUUCUCACAAAAAUUGAAAAUACCUCAACUGAUCGUUUACAGAAUCGUUGUCUCAGUCAUUACUUUGUUCUUCCUAUCAUUAUUUUAUUGUACUAUUUCUGCAGUUUAUAAAGUUAAGUUUACAAGAACUUUUGGAAGAGGAGGUUUCAUGGUAUAUUGGAUGUCAACUUGGUUAGUAAUGCUAGCUGUUGGUGGUGCAAGUGAAAAUAUGGUCGGUUUAAUUAUUGCAUAUGGUGCUCAGUACAUUGCAUUUUGGAUUCUGACUUGGAUUAUUUUAAAUAUUUCAGUUACUUUCUUCCCAUUAGCACUAGACAGCAGCUUCUAUCGUUUCGGUUAUGCUAUGCCAGUUCAUAAUGCCGUGGAUAUUUACAAAACCAUCUUUUUAGACUUGUCAAAACAUAAAAUGGGAAGAAAUUACGGUAUAUUAUGUGCAUGGGUUGCUCUUAAUUGGAUAUUGAUGCCAUUAUUCAUGAAACUUACUGGCGCCAAAAUGAAGAAAAAUGCACAACAGCAAAUGGAAGCUUCAUUAAAAAUGGCAAAGGCUAAAGGAAUAAUUUAA